GUCCACUCAAAAGCGCCUCCAGUUUAUCCCCUAACAUUGUUCUGAUAGGACAGCAUAUAAUGAGUUAGCCACGAUAUUUAUAGCUACCUCUAUUGAUAUUAUGGUAAUUUCUCGUAUAAAUAUGACAAAACGAGCAGGUUACUUAAUGUUAUCAUGUAAACAAUGGGGACUAGUUUACCGAGCGGAGAUGUUACACGACCUUGCAGGAAGGGUGUGGCUGUGACGUAAUGCUGCAGCCUGCAAUCGAGAAUGGCGGAAUCCAGCUCAACAUCAAAUCGUAAUAACCGUUUUGCGUAUCUGGUGUCCCUUCUCGGUUUGGUCUGACGUUUUCUCUUUACCGCUGUUUCGAUUCAUCCAAAAGAUUUCUACGUUUUGGCACAGGAUCCCACCUGGCCUUCUACAAUAAUAAAAGGUAAUGCCCAAACCUACCAAGCGAUAUUGGAAAGGUUAGAUUCCAGUGACAUAAGCAGUGCUGAUGAUGACGAGGAUGACUGGGUACCUGAGGCAGUAUCUUCCAGAGGAAAUAUUUUAUCCUCGAGUGAUGAUUCGUCUUCUGAAGAUGAAGAUGAAAAUGCAACUGUGCAGGUUCCUAAUGUAACCUCUAAUUCCCAGGGAAGGCGUCACUUUAUUGAGGGACAUAGAUUUUCGAGACACUUUCAUCAGUGAUGAACCAAAGAAGAAUGGUGAUGGCAGAUCUUUUAGACCAAUCGACUACUUCAGGAGUUAUGUGAACAUGGACUUCAUAGAACACAUUCCUUUAUGUACCAAUAUGAAAGCUACUGAAACCACAGGGUCAUCCUUGGGAACCAGUGGAGAGGAAAUUGCAGUGUUCAUAGGUAUGAAUUUUGCCAUGUCAGUAUUAAAGAUGCAAAGGAUUAGAAUGUAUUGGCAAGGUAUGACACGCCUACCAUUUACUGCUGAUGCUAUGCCCAGGGAUAGAUUCUUUAAAUUAAGGUCUGCUCUCAAAUUUGUUGAUGAUAAUAAAAUUUCUGUAGCACAGAGAAGUUUAGAUCGAGUAUGGAAGGUGAGACCUCUCCUUGAAGAAAUUAGAAAGAGAUGCAAUGAGCUCCCAAGAGAGAAAAAACUGAGUAUUGAUGAGAGUAUCAUUCCUUUUCGAGGAAGACUGAACAUAAAGCAACAUGUUCCAGGGAAACCAAAUCCUGAUGGAUUGAAGAUGUUUGUGUUAGCAUCAACUAAAGGUCUUGUUUAUGAUUUUGAAAUUUUUCAGGGGAAAGAGGCACUGAUUUCUCUGGUUGACCAGCUUAAUGCCAAACCUAACAGGCCAGUAACAUUGAGAGAGGCAGUUGUGUUCCGAUUUCUUCCUAGUGUGGAACCUGGAUCAAGUUUAUUCUUUGAUAGGUAUUUUACUUCUCCUCAACUUUUGGGAGACUUGUAUGAUAGAUGUCUGAGGGACACAGGAACUUUAAAGAAAAAUAUGCUACCUAAAGAGGCAAAUUUGAAAUCUGAAGCAACAUUGAAAAGAGAGGGAAGAGGAGCAUCAGAUUCACAAGUUAGGUAUAACAGGAAAGUUGCAUUAACAGCAUGGUAUGAUAAGAAAGUAAUAUACAUGGCUUCAAACGAGUUUGGAAUUAAGGAAGAGGAUGUCUGCCUUCGGUGGUCAAAGGCAAGAAAUGAACACAUACAAGUGCAAAGACCCUGUGUAGUUAGCGAGUAUAAUAAAGCAAAGGGAGGAGUAGACUUACACGAUCAAGUCGUAAGUUAUUACAGAAGUAGCUCUAGAACUAAGAAGUGGACUGUUAGAACGAGACUUCACAUGAUGGAUGUGACAACUGCUAAUGGGUGGUUGGAAUAUAAGGCAGACUGCGGAGAAAACAAAUAUAUGCCAUACUUGGAUUUUAAACUACAGUUGGCUAAUCAGCUUACGAGAGGAGAGUUAUCUGACAGACAUGGAAGACUAUUGGGCAGCACAGAUUCUGAUGAAGAACUUGGAGAUCCAGCCCCUAAGACCAAAACAGGAAAAUUUAAAGUCCCUCUGCCUGGUGAAAAAGAGAGGACAACAGGCGCAAAACACUUGCCUCUAAUUGUCAGUGACGAUUUCCGAAAAUGUAGAAAGGAAGGCUGCAAAGGCAAGUCCAGAACAGUAUGCUCAUACUGUAAAGUUUAUCUUUGUUGUACAUCCACAAGGAAUUGCUUCUUUGAUUUCAUUCUCCUUAAAAUUCCUAACAUACGAAAAAUUCUUUUCAUCAUGAGGUAUAUUAUUCAAGCCUUUUUCAAAUUCCUCAUUUAACAGGAAUGAUGUUCAAUUAUCAGUCAUAUGUUUGCUAUUUUUCCUAUGUUCAGUAUUGUUUUAUUCUAUUUUUCUAU